GGCGGGGCCAGGCAAGGCUGUGGCGCAGGAGAGGCCUGGGGAUUUCACCAUGGCCAGAGGAUUGUCACCGGAGUUUGGGGACUCUGACCAUGGCCGGAGGGCCCUGACCAUGGCCUGGACACCUUGUGUGGCCUGGGGACCUCACCAUGGCCGGGGAACUCUCACCGCGGCCUGGACACCCUGUGUGGCCUGGGGACCCCACCAUGGCCAGGGGAGUGUCACCACGGCCUGGGGACUCUGACCAUGGCCGGGGAACUGUCACCACGACCUGGACACCUUGUGUGGCCUGGGGACACCCACUGUGGUCCAUCGCUCUCAGCCCUCAUUGUGGCUUAGUGACUCUCAGCAAGGCUUCAGGACCCCGACCGUGGCCUGGGGACCUCUGCCGUGGCCUAAGGAUCUCCACUGUGUCGUGGAGAACCCCUUGCUGUGGGUUUUGGGGUGUCCUGCCAUGUGUGACAGCCAGCGGAUGCCCAGCAGGGCACAGGAGGUGCUCUGGGAACUCUGUUUUUUCUGACAAUUUCCUGCCAGUGAGUCAUGGUGGUGCCAGUCCGGCCACAGCAGCUGUGCAGGGCUGGGUGGCACUUUCAGGAAGCGAAACGGGUGCCAGGAAAACACCCCGACAGCCCGAGUCCACGCAAGCCCAGCCACGCACAUCCCCCGGCCCUCCCGGCGUGGUGCAAUCUCCGGCACGCCGGAUGGACGUGAGGAUGAGGAUGAGGAUGAGGAGAGCUCCUAAAGGCCGUGUCUCUGAAGGCCGUGUCCCCAGGGUGGGGCACAAGAAACUGAGUGGACAGCAGGGUCCUGCCCCCACUGGUGUUGGGGCAGUGAGGACAAGAGGGGUGGCAGAGGAGGCAGAGCUGGCCGUGGCACCAGGGGCUGGGCAGUACGGGAGGAAGCUGUGGGGAAAUGGUGGAGUGGCAGCGCUUGCACCACUGGCCACUUCCGGGCACCCAUGGCCCUGACAACGAUGGGUGUCACCACAGCUGGGGCUGGCUUUGGGGCUGGGGUCAGAGCUGGCUCCCUGUCCAACUCCCUGCUGGGUCAGCCAAACGUCAGACUGGCACAUGGUCACAGGCCCCACACAUCAACCCGCAUCCCCUCUGCUCUCUGGCCCACCAGCCCUGGAUCAUCCCCUGCUCUGCCCCAUAUCUGGAGUAUUCCCUGCUCUGCUCCAUGCUCUGCCUCCCCACUGCACUGCCUGGGGGAAACUAACCCCCCCCAGCCCUGCAGUCUCAACAGAGGAAUUGGGCAAAUCCGGGCAUUACGAAACCUGGAAAUCCCACUCUGACGGCGCUUCCUUCUCGAGGCUCUUAAAAACCAGCUAUGCUGAGGCUGGGCUCAGAGAGCAGCCAAGCAGCACUGCAGGCCAGGCAGCAGCAGGCAGCCAAGCCUCGGAAGUUUGCAGGUGCUGUGAAGUCUCUGCCCAGGACUCUGCAGUCGGUGGCGGCAAUGGCAUUCGUCCCCGAUUUGGACACACUGGAGAGCACCAGCCUGAACGAGGAGACGUUGUAUGGCCCCAGCUGUCUGUGCCCGCAGAAGGUAACGCUGUGGUGCUGGGAGUGCUGGGGUCCGUGCCGCAUGGAAGCCAGGCUCUCACCCUACAUCCCCUUUCUUCCCCAGAAGCCCCGGCUGGAUCUGGAGGGGACAUCGCCUGGGGUGGACAUCCAGGUGACGGUGACAAAAGGAGCUCUCUCCAGGACCUUCCGCCAGGUUGCUGUGCUGGUGGUUGCUGUGACCAAACUCCAAAAGCAGCCGACCCGCCAGGACUUUGCUGACAGCGACCUCGGCAGCUUCUUGGACGAUAUUUUCGAGCCAGUCUCCUUCCAGCACAUCAGAGGCACUUGCAGCAGGGCGCCCGUUUUCCGCUACACUCGCUCCCAGUCCUUCGACAUCCUGGACAUCGACCACAAGUGCUUCGUGCUGGAGUCACCCACCCAGCUGGUGGCCCUGCACCUGCAGGGACCCUCUGCUGGACAGAAAGUGAAGCUCAACAUUGCUCUGUACCGUCCUCGGUCGUCUCAGGGUGCUCCAGGGUCUGGAAAGAUGCCAGUGGCAUUGGGCAUCAAGGGCUACCAGCUCUACAUGUCGUGUGUGAUGAGUGGCACCAAGCCCGUGCUGCAGCUGGAGGAAGCUGACAUCAGGAGGGACAUCGAGAGCGUGGAGCUGACCCGCUUCAUCUUCUACCGCCUGGACAGCCCAGCGGAGGGCACCACCCGCUUCGAGUCGGCCGCCUUCCCCGGCUGGUUCGUCUGCACAUCGCUGCAGCCCCGGCAGCCCGUGGGCAUCACCAACACCCCCGACCAGGUGAACAUCGCCACCUACGAGCUGAGCGGGCGCUGAGGAGCCGCCCUGCACCAACCCAACCGGCAGUCACCGGUUUUCAGGCUGUAUGUACUAAGUACAACCCCCCGGGACACGACCCCCGCAUCUAUUUCAUGUGAAAUAGCAGCUCUGGGCCCCAUGGGCUCGAGCCAUCCCAGUCUGUAUUUAUUUAUUUAUUGUGUCUGCCCAUUGCUUGGGUGCUUAUUUAUUGUGCCCCCUUAUUUAUUUGUGCUUUUAACUUGUAUGUGGAUGGAGGUGGAAAUAAAAAGUUUUCUAGA